AUGCUUCCGGCGUCUCCUGUGUUCUUGCUCUACGAGCCCCCUCGGCCCAGAGAAGAGAAAAACAAGAUGAAGAAACCUGUCAAAAUUGCAUCUCACCCUGGUCCUUCAGCCAGGGAGAGAAUCCAAGUGGACCAGCACCUGGGGCCCCCUCCCCUGACCAGUCCUCUCUGCCUCUGCCUGCAGGUCAAUUUCCCGGACGUGGAGAAGGCCGAAUGGCUCAACAAGAUCCUGGCCCAGGCCUGGCCCUUCUUCGGGCAGUACAUGGAAAAGCUGCUGGUGGAGAACAUCGCGCCUGCCAUUCGCGCCUCCAACACCCACCUGCAGACCUUCACCUUCACCAAGAUCGACUUGGGCGAGAAGCCCCUCCGGAUCAUGGGUGUCAAGGUCCAUGCCGGCCAGAACAAGCAGCAGAUCUUGCUGGACCUGAGUAUCAGCUACGUGGGGGACAUGCACAUCGACGUGGAGGUGAAGAAAUUCUUCUGCAAGGCUGGGAUGAAGGGGAUGCAGGUGAGGGCGUUUAUGGGAUGGGGGCGCUGGGGCUGGUCCCCCCCACCAAGGCAGAGAGCACUGCCCAUCCCCCCCAGCUCCCUGUCGGACACGAUGAUCAUGGACUCCAUCGCGGCCUUCCUGGUGCUGCCCAACCGCCUGCUGGUGCCCCUGGUGCCCAACCUGCACGAGGCUGCUCAGCUCCGCUCCCCGCUGCCCAGGGGUAUCGUCCGCGUCCACCUGCUGGAGGCCAAGAACCUGCAGUCCAAGGACAAGUACGUAAAGGGGCUGAUCGAGGGGAAGUCGGACCCCUACGCCCUGGCCCGCGUGGGCACCCAGGUCUUCACCAGCAAGGUCAUCGACGAGAACCUCAACCCCGUAUGGAACGAGACGUAUGAGUUUGUGGUGCAUGAGGUGCCGGGGCAGGAGCUGGAGGUGGAGCUGUUUGACAAGGACCCCGACCAGGACGACUUCCUGGGCAGGAUGAAGCUGGAUUUCGGGGAGGUGCUGCAGGCCCGCGUGCUGGAGGAGGUGAAGGACGACACGCGCCAGGCCAGCCUGGGCUCGCUCAGCCUCCGCCUGUCCCGCCUGCUGAGCGCCACGGACAUGGUGCUGGACCAGUGGUUCCAGCUGGAGAACUCCGGGCCGGGCAGCCGCAUCUACAUGAAGCUCGUCAUGCGGGUGAAACUGGGGCAGAUGGAUCUAGCCCCAGAGGGCGGGGGAGGGAGGCUCCCUGGGGUCCCCCAGCAGCUGAGCCCUCUGCAGCCACCACCCGCUCUCUCAGGGAGAGGGGUUCACUUCUCCACCUCUCAACAGCUGCCUUGCCCCCCCCCUCCCACCCUGUGGCCCCAGAGCAUGUCACAGGAGUGUCCGUCCCCCUCCCAGAGCGUGAUCCGCAUUCACCUGCUGGAGGCCGAGAACCUCAUCGCCAAGGACAACUUCAUGGGCGGGAUGGUCAAGGGCAAGUCGGACCCGUACGCCAAGGUGCGGCUGGGGGCCAUGCCCCUCUGGCUUGCGGGGCGCCAUGCUCUGUCCCCUGCCAGGAAGCUGAGGGCCAGUUCCAAGGACAUUCCCGACCCCUACGUCUCCCUGAUCCUCCUGCCCGACAAGAACCGCGUGACCAAGAGGAAAACCACCGUGCGGAAGAGGACCCUGAAUCCGGAGUUCAGCGAGAGGUUCUUAUGGCUUUGUGCCCCCCCCCCCCCCCUCCGGGGUGCGGGGGGCGGGGCCCCGUGCGUGAAGAACAGCGUCUCCUUCAUGUCCCGGGAGAGGGAGCCCCUGGGGAAGGUGCAUCUUGACCUGUCGCAGAUGGACCUGAGCCAGGGCAGGGCCCAGUGGUACAACUUGAAAGACGACAGGAGCAGCUCUUAGUGCCACGACACUCCCCCGCUUCCCAGCUGGGGCCAGCCCAGGCCCCCUGGCGGCACCGGCUUUCGCUUGCGUGUCUCUAAGCCCCCCUCUCGCCCCUUCUGCUCCCUGGGACGCGAUGGAGAGGGGAGCCGGGGUGGGGGAGCCACGGCCCCCCCGAGGAUGCCAAAUGCUCUCUGCCUUUUAACUGACCAAAGAAAACGGACCUGGGGGCGGAGCUGGGCAAGGGGGUGGGGCCUUGUCAGCGGGCAUCAGUCCAGAUGCAGCAGGUGAGGACGUGGGGCAGGGGUCAGCCCCCCCCCAGAGCCCCCCAGCCGGGUCCGAGACGCAGACCGUGCCGGACGGCCCUGCAGGGCGGUGCUCAGCAAGUCCGAGCUGGCACACGGCACUGUCCCAGCGCGGUAGAGAGAAGAGCCCAGAUUCCAGGGUGACGGGCACAGCUGGGGCCCCGAGGAGGGCAGGGAUCCUGUCCUGUGGAGCGAGAAGGAAUGAUUUCCAUCCCCCACGUGCUGUAUCUUCCUCCAGCCCCUGCAGGAAAAAGCUCCCAGCUGCCCCCACCCCCAAGAUCAUGUGCCAUCACGAGAACCCACCGCCCCCACUGGGACAUGCAGCCCUGCCUGUUCUGCGCUAUGGGCCGU